AUGGCGCGGGUGCUGGUGGUGGGCGCGGGGCUGACGGGCGCGGUCGCAGUGGCGCUGCUGCGCGGGGCUCCGCGGGGACAAGUGUCCGUGUGGGACAAGGCGCGGGGCGCAGGGGGCCGCAUGAGCACGACCCGCGCCGACAGCGGCAGCGCCGAUCUGGGCGCGCAGUUCGUCACCUGCGAGCCGGAGCUUGCGGGGCCGCGGCUCAGCUUCUACGAGGAGCUGGAGUCUCAGGGCAUCCUGAAGCCACUGACCGCUCCCGUGGAAGGGAUGGUGGUGAGAGAAGGCUCCCGCAAUUAUGUGGCACCCCAGGGCAUCUCCUCUGUCGUCAAGUACUAUUUAGAACAGUCAGGUGCCGACGUGUCCUACGAGCAGCAUGUGACUCACAUCUCUCUGCAGGAUGGGAGGUGGGAAGUCUCCAGGAAAACGGGGCCCCUGGAGCAGUUUGAUGUGGUAAUUCUCACCAUGCCUGUCCCACAGAUUCUCCAGCUGCAAGGUGACAUUGUGGACAUAAUUAAUGGAAUUCAAAAGCAGCAACUGGAAUCUGUGAGCUACUCAUCCCGCUACGCCCUGGGACUGUUUUAUGAGGCUGGGACAGGGAUUGCUGUCCCCUGGGCUGCUCAGUACAUCAGUGAUAAUCCCUGCAUCCGCUUCAUCUCCAUCGAUAACAAGAAGCGCAAUAUAGAGUCUCCUGAAAUUGGGCCCUCGGUCGUGGUGCACACGACUGUGACCUUUGGAAGCGAGCACCUGGACUCAGACCCGGCAGAGGUGCAGCAGAUCAUUCUCAGCCACCUGCAGAGGAUCCUGCCCUCCCUGCCUAAACCAAGCAGCAUCAAGUGCCAGAGAUGGAGAUACUCCCAGGUUACAAGAGCUGUGCCCAAUUCUCCAGGACAGAUGAUUCUCCACACUCAGCCUCUCCUGAUCUGUGGGGGUGAUGGAUUCACUCGUUCCAACUUUGAUGGCUGCAUAGAGUCUGCCAUGAGCCUUGCAGAGGCUGUGAGGCUUCAUUUACAGCAAUUUCAAAGCCAGGCUGCUAAACUUCCUCAAGAUUUGUUAUGA